GUACUGCAGCUGCCCUGCCCGCACCAUGCGCGUCUCCGGCUCCGGGGCGGGCUCCAUGCGGCUGCAGCUGCUGCUCUCCCUGGCUGCUCUGUGGCUGUCGGAUGCUAACGAACCAGGUACAGCUAUGACAACACGAGAUAUCAAUCAGCAAACUCGAGAGAGCAUUUCAGAUUAUACCGUAAAGGAACCUGACGUAUCUACCCCUGGUUCACAUCUCAGCACACAAGAUUUUAAUCAGCAGACUGAGGAGAAUAUAUCUAAUCUCACAUCAGCGGUGUAUAGCAUAUCCAUAGAUGGGUUUUCCAGUGCUCCAGUGGAAGAAAAUGUCAUAUUAUAUAAUCCAGCUAACAUUGCACUCUUGUGUAGCUUGACUAGAGCAUCCACUGAUUCAGCAACUGGUGAAGUGACGUGGAAGAAGGAUAAUGAAAGAGUUGAAAGUAGCAAUGUCUCCAUUAAUGAAACGAAAAAUGUCUGGAGUACUCAAUAUACGUUGACGAUCAGAGAUCGAAACCAAAUGGGAAAUUACACUUGUGUUUUUAAAAGUGACCAAGAAGUUAAUGCCACAUUUCAUUUACAAGUACCUCAGAUUGAAGGAAAAGAGCAUCACGUAGUCAGUUAUGUAGGAGAUACUGUUGUCCUGGUAUGUAAAAGUCUCAAAUAUAUUCCCAUCAACUGGAUCUGGUACAUGAGUAAUGGAAGUGACCAGGUUGCUAUUAAUGAUUCUUUGAUGCCAGAUAAGUAUAUAGUCGAUGAAAAAUAUGCCAACAUAACGAAACUCAAGAUUCUGAAGAUCUCAGAGAAAGAUGAUAGAUCAUACUGGUGCCAAGCUGUAUUUAAACUAGGAGAGAGCAAAGGAAAAGUAUCCCUUAAAGUUCUCACCUAUAUGACACCACUCAAACCAUUUCUUGCAAUAGCUGCUGAAGUUAUUAUUUUAGUAGCUAUUAUUUUCCUGUAUGAGAUCUACUCCAAAAAGAAACAGAUGCAUGCAGAAGAUGAAAAAGAAUUUGAACAAAUUGAGCAACUUAAAUCAGAAGAUAGCAAUGGUGUAGAAAAUAGCACCACCAGGCACCGAAAAGUUUAAGUCAGUUCCUAAAGGAAGGAGAUUUUAAACCAACAAAAAGGAAAUAUCAUUUGACCAUCACAAAACCACAGGAAGAUGUACAUGGCUAUGCAUUUCAAAUAUUUACAAUGCUUCUAAUUAGAGCUCAUUAGACUUGUAACAAAAAUAAUGAAGAUCUCCUAUUCUGCUUUUAAAAUAUAAUCAUGAAACUGCCUCUUUGUCAAAUAGUUAUUCUAUAAAGACUAUACUGUAUCCAGACAUUAUACAUAUGUACUGUCAAAUAUCUGUUGUUGUGUUUGUGUCUCCUUACUGGUAAAAGUCAAUCUUUAU